AUGGGUCUCCCGAGGCGAUGGAGGUGCACGUUCACGAAGGACCUUCACAAAAAGUUUAAGAUCUCGUGGGAGGACGGCGUCGUGGACGUGGAGACCACGGACGACGGGAAGCACAUCGCGCGUUUGUGGCGCGUGGACGCGGACGACGAGCCACCGAGACCGAUGGGGGAUUCCUUAGGGCGAAGGCCGCUCACGAAGAAGGAGAUGGCCGCGCUCGAGGACGGCGACGUCAUCGCGGAUUUCGAAGGGUUCAAAGUCCAGCCGGACGACGAAGUCGGCGGCGACGACGGAAGCGGAAGCGGAAGCGGCGACGGCAGCGCCGCCGCCGGCGCGUCCACGUCCGCGACGGCGCUGAAGGCGACGGCCGCGGCGAAGCGACCGUGGGGCGGCGGCGGCGCGCGGUACGCGACCGCGGGAAAGCCCCCCACGGGCGCGGCGUUCCGGCCGCCGGCGAUGGCGCCGUUCAAGCCGCCGCCGCGCGCGCCGCCGAAGCCGUCGCCGCCGUCGCCGUCGUCCGAGCGCGCGAGCAAGACGCAGAAGACGGACGCGGCCGGGGCGCCGGGGAGGAAGUUCAUCGACGCGGAGGAAGCCGCGAGGAUCGAAGCGCAGUUCGCGGCGUUGAUACCGAAGCUGUUGCCCGGACGCGUCGCCGGCGGCGGAGGCGGCGGUUUCGACGAUCUCUACGCGGAGCACUUCGAAGAGAAUCCGGAGGACGCGCGCAGGGCGGCGAAGCGGAGAGCAACGGCGGCGGAUGAAGACGCCACCGCGCCAGUGGUGAACGUCGUCCCGCUCGCGAAGAGAAAGAGCAAGUGGGCGGCGUACGACCAUACGGACGCCUCCGCGGCGACGACGACGGCGGCGGCGGCGGCGGCGGAGACGCCGAGGGACGACCCCAUCGUGAUCGACCCUCCCGAGCCAGCCGCCGCCGCCGGUGCCGGCGCCGGCGGCAGAUCCGGCGGCUCCAACGGUCUCGGUGGACUCGCGGCGCUGAUCAAGAGCGGCGGCGGCGGUCUCAGCGGCCUGACCGCGGGGAUCAAGGCGCAGCCGGCGGCGGCGGCGGCGGCGCCGAGCGCGGCGCGGGGCGACUGGAGCGACGCGGGCGCGGGCGACGUCGACGACGCGAGCGCGGACAUCGCGGUGAUGCGGCGAUGGGGCCCCGGCGGCGACGGGGAGAACGACGCGAAGGCGGUGCCUCCUCCAGCGGCGGCGUUGCGCGCGUUUAACCCCCCGGCGCAGCGCCCGAGGGCGGACGCGCCGCGCGUCGGCGUCGCGAACGUCGCGCUGGGACCGGGCGGGGUCAAACCAGAAGACGGCCUCGCGCUGAAGCUCGACCUCCCGAGCCGCGAUCGAUCGAGUCGCACGCGCGCGGGCGCGUCGACGGUCGCGAACGGCGCGUUUCCGACGACGACCGCGUAUCAGGCGCACUUUUGCGGGGCGAUACGAGACGACCUCAGGGCGAGGUUGGCGGCGGCGCGGGAGGGUCUCGACGCGGCGGCGGCUCGGUGCGGCGGCGGCGAUGCCGCGCGCGCGCGCGGCGCCGCGGGCGCGAGCGUCUCCGCGAAAGCGAUCGCGCACGAGCUCAGGAGUUCCAGGUCGGACGUGGAGUACUACUCGGACUGCUCGUUGAGGUUCGACACGUACAAACCGUUCAAGGACUGGAGUAGAGGAGGGAAGAAAAACUGGGGAAAGAACAAAAACCGCGACGACGACGACGACGACGACGACGACGAACCGAAACCGGCGACGGAGAGCAAGACGUGGCUCACCCUGAACGACCCGUCCGAACGACGUAAAGGAUACUCCAAAUGCGACGUGUGGGUCCUGAGCAACACCCCGACGUUCCACGUCCCCGUCUUAUCCGAGGUUGGCCCCGGGGACCGGAACCGAGCGCCGUGGACCAUCGUCGCGAAGGCGGCGUGGCACGGACCAGAUAACACCGGCAAGAUGGAGAUCAAGCUGCUGGGGGAUAAACCCCGGCACGGGAUGCGGGAUAAGCAGCCCGUGUACGCGAUCCGCGCGUUCAACGCGUCGACAGCGAUCGCGGAGCACGAGAACAUAGCGAUCGCGACGCCGGAGACGUUCCCGCUGUGGCCGCACGUGCUCGGCUCGAAACUCGUAGACGACGCGGCGUCUCAGGACGCGAUCCUCGCGGACGCGGCCGGUCUGAAAGCGCGACACGGUCUGAACGACGAUCAAGCCGGCGCGGUCGCGGGCGCGCUCCUCGUCGCCGCCGAGGCGGGUCGGCGCGUCCCGCGCGACGCGUUGACGGUGUCCCCCGUGCGUCUGAUUCACGGACCGUUCGGGAGCGGAAAAACGCACGCGUUGGCGUCGUUCAUCAUCAGCGCCGCGGAGCGUCUGCGCGCGGCGAAAUCUCCCGCGCGGAUACUCAUCUCCGCGCACACGAACGUCGCGGUCGACCGCGUCUUGACGACGCUUAUUUCGCGCGGGUUCACGGAGUUCGUGCGCGUCGGAUCGCUGCGGAAGAUUGAUCACGCGGUGCUGCCGCACUCGUUGCACUGCAAGGAAGGGAAGAAGCGCGCGACGGGCGGCGGCGGCGAGGACGAGGGAGGAAACUCCAGAGGGAAGGGCGCCGCGCACCUCGCGGAGCUUCGCGCGAUGAUCAAAGACGCCACCACCGCGAGGGAGAGGGCGUUCUUAUCGAAGGAGCUCCAGGCUGCGAAGGAUGGCGUCGCGGACCGACGAGCGGGGUUCCUGAGAAAAUGCCGCGUCGUCGGCGUCACGACGGCGUCGUGCGGGAACUCCGUCAUGAACGGCAUGACCUUCUCCGUGUGCGUCUUAGACGAGUGCUCGCAGAUGACGGAACCGUCGAGCCUCAUGGCGAUGUCCCGGUUCGGAUGCAGAGCGUUAGUCGCCGUGGGAGACCCGAAGCAGCUCCCGCCGACGCUGGACUCGGACCGCGGCGGCGGCGGCGGCGGCGGCGGCGCGCUCGACGACGCGACGCGAAACCCGCUCGCGGUCGGGCUCUUCUCGCGUCUCGCGUCCGCGGGGCACGUCCCGACGCUCCUGCGGACGCAGUACCGGCUCCACCCCGCGCUCUCCUCCAUCCCUAACGCGCUCUUCUACGACGGGAAGCUUCUCGACGGGUGCGACGCGGCGGCGCGAGCGGGCGUCCUCGCUGUCGCCGCGGGCGAGGGCGAGACGCGUCAAUCGACCGACCGCGACAUCGCCGACGCGCCUGCCACGACGCUGCCGCCGCUGAUGUGGAUCGACGUCACGUCCGGGGACGAGCGCGUGGAGCCCGGGUCGUAUUCGAAGUACUCCCCGAAAGAAGCGCGCGUCGCCGCGACGAUCGCCGCGACGGUCGCGGGCGCGCUCGGGACGUCCCCGGAGGACGUCGGCGUGAUCGCGACGUAUAAGGCGCAGUCGACGCGCAUACGCCAGGAGCUCGGUCGCGCGCUGGACCGCGCGAGGCGCGCGGGCGGGCCGAGCGCGUGCGCGAACCCCGACAGCGUUUGCGACGCGGUCGCGGCGCCCGAUCCCGAGACGGAGCCCGACGACGCGGAGGUGCACGUCGCCACCGUGGACGCGUUCCAGGGCCAGGAGAAGGAAGUCGUAAUCUUAUCCCUCUGCGGCGGCGGCGCGUCCAGCGCGUGCGCGCCUCACGGGUUCCUCACGGACGAGCGCGUGAACGUCGCGCUGACGCGCGCGAGGAGACACCUCAUCAUCUUGGGCGACUCGAAGCUCGAGGCUGUGCGCGCGCACCGCGCGUGGAGCGCGUGUUUACUCGCCGCGCGGCGGCUCCCGAACGGAUACUCCCCCGGGCAGCGCACGGCGACGGACGCGGCGACGCGAAGCAUGCUGUCCGCGUGGCGACGCGUCGAGCGCGUCGUCGAUCCCGCGGCAAAGGCGGAGGAGGGUGGCGAGGACGCGGACGAUGGGAAGACGAGCGGCGGCGGCGGCGGCGCGCGCGACGACGACGACGACGACGACGACGCCGACGCGGAGACGCCGGACGCGGCGUCGGACCGCGGGCANGCGUANGAGGACGAGGAGGAGGAGGAGGUAGAGGAGGUGGAGGAGGUGGAGGAGGAGGAGGAGGACGCCCUCGCGGACGCUUCCUUUGUCGACCUUCGGACCCCCCCCGCGACGGGUACGACGCGCGAGGAUGAGGAGGAGGGGGAACAUCAUGAUUCGGAGGAGGAGGACGCGGCGUCGCCGCCCCUCGAGCUCGAGCACCUCCCCGAGAGCCGCCACGCGUUCCACGCCGCGCUCGCGUCGCCUUCCGUGGACCUCUCCGCCGAGGAAUACUGGCGCGCGUACGCGGGGAUCAACCGCGGGAUCCUCUACGGCGACGAGCCGUCGCGUCGAGCGGUGGAGGCGUCCAAGCUCGGUCGGUGCGUGGUUCGACACUUUGACCUGCCGCGCGCGAGCGGUCCCGACGGCGGCGGCGGCGAAAUCGAUUGGACCUCCGCGGCGACGCGAAAGGCGAUGCUGAAAGAUGUCCUCCCCGGGAUGAAGACGUACGUGCAAAUGAUGCACGGGCACAAGUGGACGCGCCUGUCGCGGCUCAUCGACCGCUUCGACGACCGCGAGGCGUUGGCGCGCGAGGUGGGCGGGUUCGGGAGGCACGUGGUGUCGGACGCGAAGACGCAGGCGAGCGACGAAGCCGGCGCGGCGUUCUUCAGCGAGCGCGGGGACGCGAGCGAGUACGUGCCGCGGCGGCGGCUCGAGGUGGAGUAGGGUGCGCGUGGGGGCUGGGGGGGGCGCGCGACGACGCGAGACGACGUGAGACGACGAACGGUGGACGGUGAGCGGUGAACGAUAGCGCGACGUAGAGUUAGAACAGAAACGACGAGAGGUUCGAAG